UAUUUUUUUGGGUUUUCCGCAUCAAAUAAACCCCGUCCUUCCCCAUUCCCCAAAAUAUCAUCGCCAUUCACACACAGUUUCUAUCUCAAAUUCAUUCUGCCCUCCUUGUUUUUCCCAGUUACGAACUCAGCCUCGCCUCCUGAAUCAGAGCGCUGGCUGCUCUGACUUUCUGCUUCCUUCCAUUUUAUGUUGUUCUCUUCUACCUGCUGCCUCCUCCUUCUAAGCUAAGGCUCUUAGCUACUAGUAGUGCUGCUACCAACAUUGAACAAGUUGCCAAUAUAAGCUCAGAAAGUCUUUGCAGACCGUGAUAUGAUGCCAUCUUGUAUCUGUACUACUAGUAUGCUAGUAUCAAUAGUGUUUGCUGUGUCGCUGUAUUGCUGCUGCUGCUGCUCCCCCGGCCUGCUUGCGCUUGCCCAACGUACUCAUCCCUCUGAAGUCUCGGCCUUGCAUGCUAUCGCCACCAAUCUAAUUGAUACCAACAAUGUUCUCGAGAAUUGGAGGAAAGGAGAUCCAUGCAUAACAAACUGGACCGGAGUUCUAUGUUUUGAUGCAUUUGGAGCAGAUGGGUACUUUCAUGUCAGGGUGCUCCUCCUAAUGAAUAGGAAUCUCUCUGGAACUUUAGCCCCUCAGCUUGGUCAAUUAUCUCAACUUCACAUCUUAAACUUUAUGUGGAAUCACCUGACUGGCAGCAUACCUAAGGAGAUUGGAAAUAUUGCGUCGCUGAGACUUCUGCUCCUGAAUGGAAACAAAUUAUCAGGUUCUUUGCCAGAUGAGCUUGGCUAUCUAUCAAAUCUGGAUAGGUUCCAGAUAGACGAAAACCAGUUAUCUGGGUCAAUACCAAAAUCUUUUUCAAAUCUGCAUCGAAUUAAACACAUUCACUUCAACAAUAACUCGCUCAGUGGUCAAAUCCCUCCUGAACUUUCUAACUUGACAACAGUUGUUCACUUGCUUUUGGACAAUAAUCACCUAUCAGGGUAUCUUCCUUCAGAGUUUUCCACUUUUCCGCAAUUGUCCAUACUUCAACUUGAUAACAACAAUUUCAGUGGUGCUGAAAUUCCUGCUUCUUAUGGAAAUCUAUCAAAUUUAGUUAAACUAAGUCUCAGAAAUUGUAGCUUAGAAGGACCAAUUCCUGAUCUCAGCUGGAUAAAAAAUCUGAGCUAUCUAGACCUAAGCCAAAAUCAGCUCUCUGGGACUAUACCACCAAAUAACCUGUCCAACAAUCUAACCACUAUUGUUCUGUCAGAUAAUCAGCUUAAUGGAUCAAUUCCUGAAAGUUUUUCCUAUCUCCCUCUUCUCCAGAAGCUGUCCCUUGAUAAUAACUUUUUUACCGGUUCAGUUACUGUUGAUCUCUGGCAAAACAGAUCCUUUAGUUCAGCCGCCAGACUUUUGAUUGAUGUUCAGAACAAUUCACUUUCAAACAUUAUUGGAGACCUUGAUCCUCCUGUGAAUGUUAUGCUGAGACUGCAAGGUAAUCCUGUCUGCAGAAAUGCAAAUAUAAAGAACAUCAGCCCGUUUUGCGGACCUGGAGCUGACAUAAAUGAUGUUCCCAGUAAUUCAACUAAUUCAAACAAGCAUUGUCCUAUUCAAGCAUGUCCUAUAGACAAUUACUUUGAAUAUGUUCCGGAAUCACCUGUCCCAUGCUUUUGUGCAUCUCCUCUGAGAAUUGGAUAUCGGCUAAAGAGUCCUAGCUUCUGUUACUUCCCUCCAUAUGAGUAUGCAUUUGAGUCAUACCUGACAAGUUCUCUCAGUCUCAACCUUUAUCAAGUGUCAAUUAACUCCUAUUCCUGGGAAAAAGGACCUCGUCUGACAAUGUACUUGAAGCUGUUCCCUGUGGCUAGUGCUGAUCGCUCAGGUUAUUUUAACACAAGUGAGAUUCUUCGAAUCAGGGACAUAUUCACAUCUUGGAAAUUUCAUGGAAAUGAUUUUUUUGGACCUUAUGAACUUCUCAACUUCACUCUUCUGGGACAUUAUUCAUAUGUGAAUUCUGAAACCAGCGGUAAUAGCAUGAGCAAGGGUAUUUUGGUUGCAAUUGUGCUUGCUGCAGUUGUCGUUGCAGUUAGCAUCUCAGCAACUAUUACAGUUUUUGUCACUAAAAGACACAAAAGAUACCAGCUUGCACCAUCAAGGAGACGUUUAUCCUCUAAGCUUUCUAUAAAAAUAGAAGACGUUAAAAGCUUCACCUUUGAAGAACUGGCACUGGCAACAAACCAUUUCAGUAGCUCAACUCAAGUUGGCCAAGGAGGUUAUGGGACAGUUCAUAGAGGUACUUUAGCGGAUAAUACUAUUGUAGCCAUCAAGCGUGCAAAAGAAGGAUCAUUACAGGGUCAGAAGGAAUUCUUAACAGAGAUUGAAUUGUUAUCGAGGUUACAUCACCGGAAUCUUGUUUCACUGCUUGGGUACUGUGAUGAAGAAGGGGAGCAGAUGCUUGUUUAUGAGUUCAUGCCAAAUGGAGCAUUGCAGGACUGGCUUUCUGUGGCUCAAUUCUUUCAUGUCACAGCAAAAUCUGGGAAAACGCUAAAUUUUGGAGCUAGAUUACGUAUUGCAUUAGGUGCAGCUAAGGGAAUCCUUUACCUUCAUACUGAAGCUAAUCCACCCAUAUUCCACAGAGAUGUUAAAGCCAGCAACAUUCUUCUUGACUCUAAGCUCACAGCUAAAGUUGCUGAUUUUGGACUUUCACGACUUGCACCGGUAGUGGAUGAUGAAGGGGCUUUGCCAGAACAUGUUUCAACAUUUGUCAAGGGAACACCUGGUUACCUUGAUCCUGAAUAUUUCUUGACACGUAAGCUGACAGAUAAGAGUGAUGUUUAUAGCCUUGGAGUUGUAUUUUUGGAGAUUUUGACAGGAAAGCAACCAAUAUUGCAUGGCAAGAAUAUUGUCCGUGAGGUAAAUUUGGCUCAUCAAUCAGGUGCAGUGUUCUCCAUAAUAGACACCAGAAUGGGAUCUUACCCCUCUGAAUGUGUGGAAAGGUUUAUUGCAUUGGGUCUCAAGUGUUGCCAGUACAAACCAGAAGACAGGCCAUCAAUAGUAGAUGUAGUGAGGGAGCUGGAAAAUAUUCUUCGGAUUAUGCCAGAAACUGGAGUUGAUUCAUCAGAGUCAAGAUCCAAAUUCUUCAGUGAAUCAGUAUCACCUUCCUCGCUGUCAGCUAACACAAGCAGGGACUUGUAUGCGUUGUCGAGCACUUCGGGAGGUGGCCUUAUCACCGAGGCAUCACUCUCUGUGACACCACGAUGACACUUCAAAUGUACAGAAGAUUGGUAGUAUAAUGUGAGUGUUCUUUGUAACUUAUUGACACGAUGGUCUUUCCUCCUGAACUGUUUCAUUUUUUGGCCGGUGUAUUUUGAGGAGCGGUCCAUUAGGUAUUUGAACUCGUCAAGUUCACUUUAAUUCCUUCUUGCAAUUAAUUUCUCAUUCUAUCA